AUGGGAGAAAAACGGGAUGCAGCGCCCCAGUCCCGAGUAGAGGAGCUAACGGCGGCGGGCGGCAGCCCAGAGCUCCGCCUGCUCCCGCCCCCGCAGCACUCCCUCCUUCUCUCUCCCGCCCUCCCACCCCCGGCCAUCCCUGGCAGGGUAGCAGAGGGUGCCUGGGCCAGCUGCGCCCCUGUCUCUCCCUUUGCCUGCCGGCAGCCACACUGCGCCUCCUUGUUGACGAAUCCGCCAAUUGUCCUGGGGCCCCGGGUGUUGCCCCCACCCCCGGCCUUCCUCUCUCCUGUCUGCCGGCCCUGCCCUCCUCCCUCCACCCUCCCCGGCCCUCGGCUCCUCCCCGCCCCCUCUGCCCGCCCGGGGACUGCAGACUGCGCCCAGCCGCCGCGGGGAACGGCAGUCUGGGAGGCACCUCCGGCGGCCCGCCUCGCCGCUGAGGUCUGCUCGCGGCUGCGGCCACCUCUCGGGGCGCUCCUGCUCCCAGCCGCUAGGAAGCCCCCGCCUCCCCGGAAUCCCCCCCCUCCCCCAGCCCAUACCACCCCCCUCCCCCGCCCGCGGCUCCUGGAAGAUGCCCCAGCGGGCACGCACUCCAACAGGAGGGAGCAGCAGCGAACGAGCCAAAAAGCAACAGAGCGGCUGGUCCUCAGUAGGCUUAGGCCCUACGCAGUGAUGACAGGAAAGCGGCCCCCUGGGCCUCUGGACCCCAUGAUAUACAACAAGUUGGCCCUCCUUGAGGCAGAUGCUGGGCACAGGCCACCCGCAGGGAUCUGCAAGUCAGGAUCCCUGCCCGGCCCGGGAAGUGAGGGCCACCUGGGUUACAAGGGAAGCUAUUUCACCUACCCCGUGGGGAGCCCUGAAGUGGGCCAUGACGGUUUGGCUGGAUGGAAUCCCCACAUGUCCUACGGCGGUGUAGUGGCUGGGCAGUCCCUGAGGGCGGACAGCAUGCUCAUGAACUGUUUGUUGUACCAGCGAGAAGCAGAGAGCGUUCAGCCGGUGGAGAAGGGCCGGGACCACGCAAUGAGGAAUCUGCUCCUGGCCCAAGAGAAGUGGGCAGGACAUCUAGACCACCGUGACCCACUGCUGCAGGCCACCCGGGCUUCUCCAUACCUGGGCAUGAAGGGGCCAGGGCCACCGGGUUGUGCCCCGCUGGCAGCGCCCAAGCCUGUAUAUCGGAACCCCAUGUGUUACAUGGAUCCUGGCUAUGGGCCACCGUCAUGUUUGGCCCUGGGGACCCCAGGGACUGAGAGUGGGACCAAGAGGCCGCCAGACAUGGACUGGACGGUUGCUGCCCCUUUAUUGCCUCAAGGAAACUCCCACUGCUCCUUGGCCUCGACACCCAGCAAAGGUCAGCACCUGGAGGGUGCCUUCCUCCCUCUGCCUCCAGGCGGGGUGUCGGGCAAGGAGGCCAUGGCCAACCUUUCAUCCUACCAGGUGGCCUUGGACAAGUACCGUGCCAUCCGGAGUGCCCUCUUCCUGGACUCCAAAUAUCCUCCGCCAUAUGGAGGGCACAAGAAACCAGAUGAGGGGCUCCCGGGCUCCUGGACAAAGUUGCCACCACCCCCUGUGCCUACCUACCAGGAGCGGGCACCCUCCCACUACCCUCUAGCACUGCAUGAGCAGCCUCUUCUAUACCCCCCAGGAUAUCCGCCCCCAGAGAAACCUAACAGCUCUGUGCUUUCUCUGCAAUCUCCCAGCCCCUACAAGAACUUCAGCUAUAGGGGAGGCGGGCUGCCCGGGACCUACCCACAGCAGCAGACCACCCGUGGGCCCUGUGUCCCCUCUGCCAAGCUGGAAGGCUGUGCCUAUCCCACGGGCCCCAUCCAGGUGAGCUCCCCUGGCCUGAAGGCUGGGACAGCUGCCUCCCAUGAGCCUGAGCUGCCACCCACCCCCAAGUGCCAGCUGGACUUCAUCUCUCAGACGCCGGGUUAUGCCUUUGCACCUCAGGACAGCCUGUCGCUUUAUGGUCCGGCCCUGGGGGCUGGAGGGGCAUCACCUGCCCAGGAUGCUCCCCGGGGCAAGCUGGGAGCUAAUCAGCACAGUGCGUUCCAGCUCGUGUGUCAGCAUGCAGGAAGUGGAGGGCCGAACCUGAAUGCAGGUUCCCAAAGGGAGGCCUCUUGUCCUGUCUCCCACCCUGCGAAGGCUGAGAAGCCCAGGCAAGAAUCGCAGGACAAGAAGUGGUUGUAUAGCUUUGGUAAGGAAGAAGCCAGACCCAGGGCUGGAGUGGAAGAGCCUUCCCCUACACCUGUUGUCAUUCCAGACAGCCCUGCCCCCAGGACUCCACCUGGCAGCGGUUCCCGGAAUCUGCCACCUUCGCCCAGGGAGCACCCGCAAGGCCUCAAGCAGACCGAGGGCACUGCGCCCCCCUGCUCCCCGCCCAUGCCCAUCAUCAACAAUGUCUUCAGCUUGGCGCCCUACAGGGACUACCUGGACAAUCGAUGUGAGAAGGUGCCUGACCUCCCCCUGCCCAAGGCCCCGCCCCUCAGCACCACAUGCUCCCUCCUGGGGCCCUGCCCAGCUGCAGACCCUGAGGCAUUCAGUGAGCUGCCCGAGGAAGCAGAGGGCAAGGAUGGGCACGGCCAGGAGGGCGGGGUACUUCUGCUACCUCCCUGUGGGAAGCCCCGGAUGGAGCCUGGGGCCGAUGCUAGCAGCCAAUGCCCGCCCAAGGAGGAAGUGGCACUGGAUUUGAGCCUCAAGAAGCAGUUGGCUGAGCUCUCCAAGGGGGCUCUAAGUCAGGGGUUGUCCACUGAGCCUGUGCCAUCCACAGAUGGGGCAGAAACUCACCAGGCUGUCCAGGAGGAGCAGCCCAGGCUGCCUGCUCCCCCUCCCCUGGUAUCCGCCGUGGUUGAGACUGCCCCAAGGACUAGCUUCCACAGUUCCGUGGCCUUCAUGUUCCACAAGUUCAAGAUCCUCCGGCCAGCGCCCCCACACACCCUUGCCCCUGCCCCUGCCCCCUCCCUUGCCCCUGCUCCUGCACCUGCCCCUGCCUGUGUACCUGCUCCUGCCCCUACCCCUGUCCCUGCCCCUACCCCUGUCCCUGUCCCUGCUCCUGCCCAGUCUGCCAGCCUCCAGCUCCUCACCCAGCCCUUGCAGGUAACCUGCUUCAAUGUGACUCUGCCAGAGCCUACGCCUCCCGCGCCUCCUGUUGCGUCUGAGCCAGCCCCCGCCAUAGGCAAGGCCAGCAGGGGUCCGGAGGCUGCUCCCACCCAAGUGGGCGGCACCGAGCAACAUUUCACAGGCCUCCACAUGUCCCUGUGUGACGCCAUCUCUGGCUUCGUGGCCCACACCUCGCCGGAACGGCUCCGGGAAUGGCUGCAGGAGGCCGAAGAGAGUCCAUCUCUCCCACUGCCUCCGUCGUCCUCCCCAGCCAAGGGCCAGAGCAGGCCCCGCGUGGCUGAGGGGCGGGCCCGAGACACGUGGCUGAGCUGCGCGGGGGUGAAGGGGCUCUUGGCGGAGCUGCUGGCCCAGCUAGAGACGUUCCUCUUCACCCACAAGUGUCCCUUCCCCCACGUGGUGCGUGCCGGAGCUAUCUUUGUGCCCAUCUACCUGGUCAAGGAAAAGUUGUUCCCGCGGUUACCGGGGUCCUCAGUGGACCACGUGCUCCAGGAGCACCGGGUCGAGCUGCGCCCUACCACGCUGUCAGAGGAGCGGGCACUACGGGACUGUGCCCUUGACGGCUGCACCUCCCGCAUGCUUAAGCUCCUGGCCCUCCGGCAGCUCCCAGACAUCUACCCGGACCUGCUGGGCCUGCAGUGGCGUGACUGUAUCCGGAGACAGCUCGGAGAACAUAACAGGCAGAGCCCCCAAGCUAAGGCAGAAGCUGCUCCCUCAGAAGGCUCCAAGUUCCGAGAAGAAGUCAGCCCAGUCUCAGCCAACUUGGAGCCCCGGGGCUUCAAGGCCAAAAAAAAGAAGAGGGGGACCCCUGGGCCAUGCUCUGAGGAGUCUGGACAGCCAGGGGUCCCCCCUGAGAUGGAGCCUGCACCAGAUAAUGUCUCAGCAGUCAAGCCCAGGGCAGAGGCAGAAGGCCAGGCACCGCCUGGGCUUCCUGGCUCUGUGUUCCGUGCCCGCUUCCAUCGCCUGCUACAGGCCGCCUGGCAAGAUGGCCUGCCAUUGCCCACGGGCAGGCGAAGAGGCCUGGCACAGACCCAGCCCCCAGCCUACCCAGAGCUGGUAGGGUAGCAGUGCUGGGCACCAAGUUGAGGUGCCAUGCUUGGGCAGGAGUCGAAGGUCUGAGAGGUCCCUCUCAAGGCUGAGUUGAAGGUUUUAUGUUCUAAGACUAUGCUUACUGCUGCUUAGCUGAGACGUGAGCCGUAGGUCCAGUGCCCCCUGGAUAUCCAGGAGGAUGACCAGGAGGGCCAGCUCUGGCCCCAAGGAUGACCCAGGGCCUGGCUACAUGCCCUGCUGGCCUUCCCUUGGAAGGAAGGCUAAGCACCAGAGCCCCCAAGGAUUCCCUGCCCUUUCCUCUCUGUUCCAGUCUGCACUUGCCUUUUUCCCACCCCCUUCCAAUACUCCUCUCCAGAGCAAGGACUUGGCUGAGAACUGGAGACUCCGUUCUCCUUGCUGUCUAUUCCUCAGGACUUGAACCUCAGGCUGGUCCUUUUUCUCCUCUCCCUUUCUUCUCCCCGCUUCUCGUCGGCUUGCUACCUCCUCUCACUAGCCCCAGGCCAAGUCUUUCCUGCAGGUAACCCAUUCUUGCUCCUCCUCGACCCUGGGGGGAGACAAGAGACCCAGGUACAAACCCCUCUGCUGCUUCUGCCCCAGGCUUGCCCCAAUGUCAGGUAGCACGUGGUGAGGGGGGCGCUUCCAGAGACCCUCCUAAAGCACAAAAUUCCCCAGGGAAGUCAUGACCUCUUUCCCCUCACCACCCCUUUCUUCUGGAAAUCCUGCCCUGGAAUAUCUGGUCGAUCUGGAGAAAAACACUGCCAGAUAUUUGGGCAUAAAGGUUUGCCAUGGUGACCUAUCUGAGCAGAUUCUGAGUCUGGCCGUGAAGUCAUGGGUCUGCUUAGUGACCUGUUAAAGGCAGGGAUGCACCAGAAACUAAGGCAUACUCCAGCACUAAGGAGAGCUGAUUACCUUUACCUUAGGUGGGCUUCUUGGCCCCUCACCAGACCCUGGACAGAGAACGAGGUCACCCAGGACAACCAAUCAGCUUCCCCUCUCCUGGUCUCAAUUUGGUGCCAUUUCUUAGGCAUUUAUUAUGCCAGGUACCAUCCUAGGCACUGGGGAAUACCAAAGCAACAGUAAACCACCUCUGUACUUAAAAGUUGUGGGGACAUCCUGUGCCCAUAGGGGUAUCUUGUACUGGCCCCAGGUCUAAAGCUGUUUGCCACUAAACUUAGAAAUGCAAUCUCCUUUGAGCCCAGGAGAGGGGAGGAGCCAGCCUUACUCCCCAUCGUUGUGUCCAAGACCCAUUCCAGCCUCCAAGGAGAGGGCCCUGCUAGAGCUCUGUCCAUCCAUGAUGGCUGGACAUGCCCCAGACAGCUGCCUCAACCCCCUUUAGCACCUGGCCACAGGAGGAGCACAGAGGGAUGGGCUGGGCACAGAGCCCUCACCAUCCCUCCCUCUCUGGAAGUUGGCCCAGCACACAGUUGAAUCAGCACACAUUUUAAGGAGACAGAAAAACAACCCCCACCUCAUCGACCCCACAGGCGGCCUGGCCUGGCUCCCUGCCCCAGAGAAGUGAUGCUUCCCCUCCCCGCAGCCCAUGGCCACAGAUAGGGCCUCUUUCCUUGUGUGUGUACAAUUUGUACAGUUCUUGGCCCAAGUCAGUCCCUUCACUAUUUAAUGUUUUGUAAGGAGGCGGCCAGCCCCGGUGGCAAUACGCCAAUAAAAGUUGUUGGGUUGUUUUGGAA